UUCCACGGAGCAUCCCACCGUUGCAGGUUCCAUGGAGCUUCCCACCAUGGCUGGGAUGAAGCGCGGAGCCACGAAGCCGUCGUCGGCCCCCAGGCAAACGCCCUCAGCUGCCACCGAGGCACACAAGGGGCAGAAACCACCCAACACCACCCUGAAGCGAGUGCUGCUCUGGUUGCUGCCCGCCCGGUGCAACCGGUUCGUCUGGAGCCAGCCGCACCAGCACCGCGGCACAAAGCUCCUCCUGGGCACCGGUGUCGGUAUCUUCUUUGGCGUGGGGCUCUGCCAGCUCCUCAUCGUCCCCCUGGACUUCACGGACAGUUUGAAAAUGCAGCUCUGCUUCGGGCUGAUGGGGAUAACCACCUUGGGCUGGGCCACGUCCCCCCACUUCCGCUGUGCCAACCUGCUCAUGGCCCCCAAAUUCCUGGGCAAGGAGGGUCGGGUCUACGUCCUCUCCCUCGUCCUUGCCGCCAUCUACAAAGGGCCCGUGGCCAACACCUGGCACAACCUGGAGGAGGUGACGCGUUCGCUGAGCUGUGUGGCCGAGCUGCAGGUCAACCACAGCCGCCAGCUCUGGGAGAUGUCGACGGCGCCCAUGCACCGGGUGCUGGAGAGCAUGGCGCGGAGCGGGACGACGCUGAACGCCGAGACGCAGAACAUCUCGCGUGCCUUCGUGGGGCUGAACGCCGAGGUGGCCAGCAACGCCGGGUUCGACCUGCGGGAGCGCCGGGAGCCGCCCCCCCCGGCGAACCUCAGCACCCAGCAAGUGUUUGAGAAGAAAACCAGGCUGCGCUGUACCUACGUGCUCAAUCUGGGGGUGCAGCGGUGUCGAGAUUGGUUUGACGAGAAGCACGAGGAGUGCAUGGCGGCGGUGUACGUGCCCAUCGUCAACCACAUCCUCUGCGUGCCCAUGACGUUCAAGUUCCUCUGUGUCAUUGUCAAAAUCGCUGACCUGUGGUGCCAGAACAAGAUCCCCGUGGAGGGCAACUUCGGGCAGAUGUACGACAUGGUGAACGACACCGUCGGCAACAUCAGCCAGGAGUUCAGCGCCAGCGUGGUCAUACAGGAGGAGCAGCGCGAGAUGCUGCAUGGAGUCAACGUGUCGGCGCAGGAGCUGGUGGAGGAGGUGAACGCGCAGCUGCGGCAGCACGGCUCCCACUUCGUCCAGGCCGUCUCCUUGUUCCGCUUCCUCCUCUCCUUCACCUUCCUCCUCGUCUUCAUCUCGGCUUUUAACUACACCAAAAAGUACUGCCAGGACAUCUGCUACGACAACAUGUACAUCACCACCUACUUCCGCCAAAUCGACGCCCGCCGCAAGAAGCAGCACAAGCGGACGCUGCUGCCCCUGCGCCAGGCGGAGCUCCCGACCGUCAUCUUCCCGUGUCACUUGGCCAUACAGCCGCUGGAGCUGCAGAACAUGGUGGUGGAGCUGCUGGAGUGCAUCCCGCCGCUGCUCCUCCUCAUCCUCGCCUGCGGGCUGGACCACACGCUCUUCACCAUGCUCAGCAUCAUCCAGCAGCACUCCUACGUGCAGUACUCCUUCCACAGCAGCCACCACUUAGCCGUGCAUGUCACGGGCACGUCCCUGAUGGCCCAGCUCCUGCGCAACACCAUCGGCGCCCUCAACACCUCCUCCGACACCCACCUGGAGACGUCCAACCUCGGCUGCCUGCCGCAGCCGCGGGGCAUGGAGAGGGAGGAUUACGUGAGGACCUGCGUGCCCCUGGCCGCACUGGCGCUGCUGUGCCUGGCGCAGGUCUACAUGUACCGCCUGCGCCGGGUCAUCGCCGCCUUCUUCUUCCCCAAGCGGGAGAAGAGCCGCGUGCUUUUCCUCUACAACAAGAUGCUGCACCAACAGGAGGGUUUUGUCCACCGGCAGCAGAAACGCGUCGCCCGGCGGGCACGGAAGCACCCGGGGCUGGGGAUGUCGCUGCUGCUGUGGUGCAGCCAGCGCUGGCCGUUCCUGCGGCGCUGGGUGCGCGGGAGGUGCACGGUGUGCGAGGCGCCCGAGACGCACCGGGACCGGCUGUGCCCAGCGCCGGCCUGCGGUGCCCGGUACUGCCGGCUCUGCUGGAGGCAGGUGGGCAGGACCUGCCUGCUCUGCUCCCCCAGGGAGCCCGGCCCGGCCGCGGGGAGCAGCGACGAGGACGAGGAUGUGGGGUACGCUGACUGAGGGUCCCCCCAAGGCAAUAAAGGCUGCGACCCCCCCA